ACUCGCACGCAUUUUCCUACUGGACGCUGCGCCGUAUGUGACGUGUUUUCGCGAAACACGAAUGUGAACGGACAAAUUGUUAUAACAGAAAAUCCAUAAUUUUAAAAGUAAAAAUAUAUUGAGCCUCGAACAAUCAUAAUACAUUAAGAUAUCAUCGAUUAACUUAAUAUUUACGUUGACGCAAAAUUAUAGACGCGCGCGGACAACUACGCUGCAACUUGUUAAUGGCGCAACUCCGCGAGGUGGCGCACGUGUGCAAUGAUUUGCCGUUCGCUGUGUCAGUCUUACGGAAGAGGAGGUUUGCUUAGCAUUUAGGAAAAAUAUUUCGUUAAGAAAAUGACGUGUGUCUCAAAUUUCUGUGCUCGCGUAUCGUGAUACGUCAUAGAAUUAUUCCUUUCAGUGUCCGGCAAGUUUAUUCGUGGCAGUUCGUUUCGUUUUUUUUCCUCUCUUCGUCUUUCUCUUUCUUUGUGUGCUCGAGUGUAUCUUAGGGACCUGUAGCUAACCUAAAUAUUCGACAGCCGUAACGUAAUUUCUCUGUGACACGUCGCCAACGAAUACUUCGUUAUUGGUCCUUGAAAACUAUAGUGUGAAUGAACGUGGACAGUCAUUGAACAGAUAAGAUUAAGUGACGUAUUAAUAUAGAGGUAACCAUGGAGGACGGCCAUUGUAAAACAGUGGAAGAAGUAUUAGAGUACUUUAGCGUCGAUCCUGAUAAAGGAUUAUCUAUUGAUCAAGUUAAGAGGAAUCAGGAGAAAUAUGGUCUCAAUGAAUUGCCGGCCGAGGAGGGAAAGUCCAUAUGGCAACUCGUCCUGGAGCAAUUCGACGACCUUCUAGUUAAGAUUCUUCUAUUAGCCGCUAUUAUUUCUUUUGUAUUAGCUUUAUUUGAAGAGCACGAGGAUGCGUUCACGGCCUUCGUCGAGCCCUUCGUUAUUUUGCUCAUCCUGAUCGCCAACGCCGUGGUCGGUGUGUGGCAAGAACGGAACGCCGAGUCCGCGAUCGAGGCGUUGAAGGAGUACGAGCCCGAGAUGGGCAAAGUGUUGCGCAUGGACAAGUCCGGUGUCCAGAGGAUUCGUGCCAAGGAGAUCGUGCCCGGCGACGUGGUCGAAGUGUCCGUCGGUGACAAGAUCCCUGCCGAUAUCCGUCUAACCAAGAUCUUCUCGACCACCCUCAGGAUCGACCAGUCUAUCCUGACCGGCGAAUCGGUCUCGGUUAUCAAGCACACGGAUCCCGUGCCUGACCCUCGUGCCGUCAAUCAGGACAAGAAGAACAUCUUGUUCUCCGGCACGAACGUAGCCGCGGGCAAAGCUCGCGGUGUGGUGAUUGGGACGGGGUUGAACACAGCGAUUGGUAAGAUUCGUACCGAGAUGUCCGAGACCGAGGAGAUCAAGACGCCCCUUCAGCAAAAGCUGGACGAGUUUGGUGAACAAUUGUCGAAGGUUAUAUCCGUAAUCUGCGUGGCUGUCUGGGCCAUCAAUAUUGGACACUUCAACGAUCGCCACGGUGGAUCAUGGAUCAAGGGCGCCAUCUACUAUUUCAAGAUCGCCGUCGCUCUUGCCGUAGCCGCCAUUCCCGAAGGUUUGCCGGCCGUGAUCACCACGUGUUUGGCUUUGGGCACGCGUCGUAUGGCGAAGAAGAACGCGAUCGUGCGAUCCUUGCCAUCCGUCGAGACCCUUGGCUGUACGUCUGUCAUCUGCUCGGACAAGACUGGUACAUUGACUACCAAUCAGAUGUCUGUUAGCCGAAUGUUCAUCUUCGACAAGAUCGAGGGGAACGACAGCAGCUUCCACGAGUUCGAGAUCACGGGCUCGACUUACGAACCGGUCGGUGAAAUAUUUUUGAGAGGCAAGAAGAUUCGUGGCCAAGACUACGAGACGCUCCACGAGAUCGGCACGAUCUGUAUCAUGUGUAACGAUUCCGCCAUCGAUUUCAACGAGUUCAAACAGGCGUUCGAGAAAGUCGGCGAGGCAACGGAGACCGCGCUCAUCGUUCUCGCGGAGAAAAUCAAUCCUUACGGUGUCUCGAAGGGCGGGUUGGACAGGCGUAACGCUGCCAUCGCUGUGAGGCAAGACAUAGAGACGAAAUGGAAGAAGGAAUUCACCUUGGAAUUCUCUCGCGAUCGUAAAUCAAUGUCUUCUUACUGUUCACCCUUGAAACCGACGAAAUUGGGCACUGGGCCGAAACUGUUUGUCAAAGGCGCCCCAGAAGGUGUGUUGGACAGGUGCACGCACGCCCGUGUCGGAUCUAACAAGGUCCCUCUCACGUCCACUCUGAAGAACCGUAUCUUGGAUCUGACUCGCCAAUACGGCACUGGCCGAGACACCCUGCGCUGCCUAGCCCUUGCCACUGCUGACCACCCGAUGAAACCCGACGAUAUGGAUCUUGACGAUUCCACGAAAUUCUACACGUACGAGAAGGAUCUCACCUUCAUCGGUGUCGUCGGUAUGCUCGAUCCGCCCCGCAAGGAGGUAUUCGACUCCAUUGCCAGGUGUCGUGCCGCUGGUAUCCGUGUAAUCGUCAUUACUGGAGACAACAAGGCCACCGCGGAAGCUAUCUGCAGACGUAUCGGUGUGUUUGGUGAAAACGAGGACACGACCGGCAAGUCGUAUUCUGGGCGUGAGUUCGACGAUCUUCCACCGUCGGAACAGAAAGCCGCCUGCGCCAGGGCUCGUCUAUUCUCCCGCGUUGAACCUGCUCACAAGUCUAAGAUCGUUGAGUUCCUGCAGAGCAUGAACGAAAUCUCAGCUAUGACUGGUGAUGGUGUAAAUGACGCACCCGCCUUGAAAAAAGCCGAGAUUGGUAUUGCUAUGGGUUCUGGAACCGCUGUUGCGAAAUCCGCAUCUGAGAUGGUAUUGGCCGACGACAACUUCUCUUCCAUUGUCGCGGCUGUUGAGGAAGGUCGUGCGAUCUAUAACAAUAUGAAACAGUUCAUUCGUUAUCUGAUUUCUUCCAAUAUUGGUGAAGUCGUAAGUAUAUUCUUGACUGCCGCUCUUGGUCUUCCCGAAGCUCUAAUCCCUGUACAACUUUUGUGGGUCAACUUGGUCACUGACGGUCUUCCAGCUACUGCGCUUGGUUUCAAUCCACCCGAUUUGGACAUCAUGAGCAAGCCUCCCCGUAAAGCCGACGAAUCUCUUAUCUCUGGCUGGUUGUUCUUCCGCUACCUGGCUAUUGGCGGAUAUGUAGGUGCUGCGACUGUUGGCUCAGCUGCAUGGUGGUUCCUGUACAGUCCGAAUGGUCCACAGAUGAAUUAUUAUCAGCUGACUCAUCACUUAGCGUGUAUGGGUGGUGGCGAGGAAUUCAAGGGCCUUAAUUGUAAGAUCUUCACGGAUCCUCAUCCCAUGACGAUGGCUCUGUCCGUACUUGUAACCAUUGAAAUGUUGAACGCUAUGAACAGUUUAUCCGAGAAUCAAUCUCUCAUCACUAUGCCGCCCUGGUCUAAUAUGUGGCUCAUUGCCUCCAUGGCUCUUUCUUUCACACUCCACUUUGUCAUCCUUUACGUCGAUGUCCUUUCGUCUGUAUUCCAAGUUACCCCACUGACGAGCGAGGAGUGGGUUACCGUUAUGAAGUUUUCCAUUCCAGUGGUACUUCUCGACGAAACCCUAAAGUUCAUUGCCAGAAAGUUUACAGAUGCAUCUGGAGUGAUCAAGACGUCAAAACUGGAAUUGUCCGCUUCGUUGCUAACGUGUGAACGCAGAGAUUGUGCAUGAAGUUUAAAAAUUAAUGGAUCUCAUGUUUGAACCUGUCUAUUAUUAUGUCUUCCUUCCUUCGACGAGUAAUUGCAUGCACAAUUGUAUUCUACCAAUGGUACAUCCCAACUAAAAGAAAGGGAAAAAAA